UGAAUAUAUAUAAUAUCAAUCCACAUUAGUCCUUCAACAGCAGAAACUUCCAAUGGCCAAAGCUGAUAUUAAACAGUCCCUUCCCGUAUGGCGCGUGGAUCAAAUGUACUCUACCCUUUACCCUAUGAAUAAUCACCACCAUUAAAACACACCCAAAAACCAACCAUCACCAUUGCCAUCACCAGCAAAGCUUACCUCUCUUACAGUAUUAUAUCACCUUUGUCACCACCACCAAUGUUAUCACCAUCCAAUAAACCCCAAAUAACUCCAUUAAAACCAUCUUCUCCUCCACCUCCCCAUAGACCUAAAACCAUGGAAGAAGUAUGGAACGACAUUACCCUCGCUUCAUUACACGACCACCACUCUUCUUCUUCUUCUUCAAGAGAACCCUUUUCAUCCAAUCCUCAUCUCAUUCUUCAAGAUUUUCUCGCCGCCAGGUCUGAUCCACCACCACCGCAGCAGCAGACCAAUGGUGGUGGUGAUACCAAUACUAUGCUUUACGGUUCACCUUUACCACCUCCAGCUACUGUUUUAAGCUUAAAUUCGGGUCCAGGCUUUGAUUUCCUCGAUAAUCCCCGUUUACAAAGCAGUCCUAUUUCAACUUUGCCUACUUUCAAUUCCCCAUUCGAAGCUCUGGCCUCGUCGACCACCUUAGCCACCUUUGGUAAAAAAAGGACCCAAGAUUCCGAUAACAAUUCCGGUGAUCGCCGGCAUAAGCGUAUGAUUAAGAACCGUGAAUCCGCUGCUCGAUCAAGAGCUAGAAAACAGGCUUACACAAAUGAGCUAGAACUUGAAGUUGCUCAUCUUAUGGAAGAAAAUGCAAAACUCAGAAGAGAACAAGAACAGUUACAAGUAGCAGCUACUGCUCAACUUUCCAGAAAUCGAAUGCUUCAACGAACAUCAACAGCUCCAUUUUAAGCUAAAAAAAAAAAAAAACAAAUCCAAGGACCAAUCUCUUUGCUUUGUUUUUUAACCAAAGUCCCCUCUUUUUCAGUAGCCAGGGGAAGGGGGUGUAUGUGGUUUAAGCUAGAAAAGGAAUGAAUUUGUAUAGGGUUUUUUUUGGGAGGGUUGAAAUGGCUAUAUUUCAAAGUGUUAUGGCUAACAAAUGCAAAAAAAGAUGGUAUAUUUAAGGUAAUAUGUAAAAGAACUUUGAUGCUGGUGGUGGGUCUUUUUGUUUUGUUUGUAUCCUUUCUUAAAUUAAGACUUUCAUCUUUUUUGUACAUCUUCUCAUGCAAAAA